AUGGAAUUAGCUUCAAUAGGUGAAACCGACGAGAAUGCUAUUACCAGACUGCUAUCAAGCAAUCUUUCUCGGACGACGGCUAGACAUGCGAUUAUUGUAUUGCAUUACUUCAGAUCGAUCAGUGACGAAGAGAUUCCUGUAGAUGUUCUUCUUGGCGGAUGCGUUUUGUAUGCAGUUAAGCAGCGCCAAUAUCCUGAUGAGGCCCAGUUUCUCAGACAAUGCUUGGAACGUGCGAAGGAAAGUGAUAUUGUUGGGUUUGAAUUGGUGCUGGUGCAAGUUGUUCGUCAUAAUGUGUUAUUAAUUGAGACAUGCUUACGUUCAAUAUUUCACGAAGUUUUGUGUGACAACCCAGUAGCAGGCUGCGAUCGCGAACGCACUAUUAAGGUGUGCCUGCAUCUUAUUUCUCUGUUGUACAAAACGCGGUGGUGUCUUUUUCCAGAGACCGCUGCAAGAGGUGCCUUUCUCGUGGCAUGUGAGAAGUGUGAUGUGAAACUAAUAAAGUUAUCAAGCGCUUUUGAUAGUCCUAUGGUCACAAAUAUCGCACAAUAUCUUCGUGAUUAUGCGUUAAACUGA